CUUAGACCAGAGCAGCCCCACAGCCAACUCGGGCAGCCGCCGCCGCCACAGCAGCAAGGACAGCCGCCGCCUGUGAGCGAUGACAGGAGUGUUUGACAGAAGGGUCCCCAGCAUCCGAUCCGGCGACUUCCAAGCUCCGUUCCAGACGUCCGCAGCCAUGCACCAUCCGUCUCAGGAAUCGCCAACUUUGCCCGAGUCGUCGGCCACCGAUUCCGACUACUACAGUCCCACGGGGGGAGCCCCACACGGCUACUGCUCUCCUACCUCGGCUUCGUAUGGCAAAGCGCUCAACCCCUACCAGUACCAGUACCAUGGCGUGAACGGCUCCGCCGGCAGCUACCCCGCCAAAGCUUACGCCGACUACAGCUACGCCAGCCCCUACCACCAGUACGGCGGCGCUUACAACCGCGUCCCGAGCGCCACCAGCCAGCCAGAGAAAGAAGUGGCCGAGCCCGAGGUGAGGAUGGUGAAUGGCAAACCAAAGAAAGUUCGUAAACCCAGGACUAUUUAUUCCAGCUUUCAGCUGGCCGCGUUGCAGAGAAGGUUUCAGAAGACUCAGUACCUCGCCCUGCCCGAACGCGCGGAGCUGGCCGCCUCGCUGGGACUGACGCAAACGCAGGUGAAAAUCUGGUUUCAGAACAAAAGAUCCAAGAUCAAGAAGAUAAUGAAAAACGGGGAGAUGCCCCCGGAGCACAGCCCCAGCUCCAGCGACCCCAUGGCGUGUAACUCGCCGCAGUCUCCGGCGGUGUGGGAGCCCCAGGGCUCGUCCCGCUCGCUCAGCCACCACCCUCAUGCCCACCCUCCGACCUCCAACCAGUCCCCCGCGUCCAGCUACCUGGAGAACUCGGCUUCCUGGUACCCGAGCGCGGCCAGCUCAAUCAAUUCCCACCUGCCGCCUCCUGGCUCCUUACAGCACCCGCUGGCGCUGGCCUCCGGGACACUCUAUUAGGCGGCUUGCUCUUGCUCUCUUUUUGGGACUGCUGUGUUUUGCUGUUUUAGAGAGUCAUAAAGAAAGGAAUUCAUUUGGGGAAGGUUGGAAAAUGGAAACAAAAAAGAUUCAUGUGUAAAGCUUUUUUUGCAUGUAAGUUAUUGCAUUUCAAAGGAUCCCCAGCCCCUCUUUUUUUUACUGACGAACUUUUUUGCGCAACUGUGGACACUAUCAAUGGUGCCUUGAAAUCUAUGACCUCAACUUUUCAAAAGACUUUUUUUCAAUGUUAUUUUAACCAUGUAAA